GGUGAGUGGAACAGGAUCUACAUAGCUGUUCCAGAAGCUUGCAGCAACCACAAGCAUGAGCCAGCAAGAUAUACAAAACGGUCAAGUCGGCACGGCAUUCACGCUCAACGCUGCCGCUGCAUUUGCCACAGUGGUAGGAGGAUUAAUCAUCUGCAGUCCCCGCACGCUUCGCCUUGCCAGCCCAAUGGCUCUGGCUACCACACUCAGCAUCUCAGGUGGACUCACGAUCUUCCUAUCCCUUGUGGUGAGCUUCGGCUACUCCGUACUCGAAUUCACCCUGGCGUUUAAACCCGAAAGCUAUGAUACACUCGGCGGCCAGGCCUGGACAGCGGCAACGAUCUGUCUAGGAGCAGGAAUCAUGAUCGUCUUCGGCGUAGAUUUCAUCGUACAGAAGCUUACACCCCAGAUUGAACCCGACACGCCCAAGGAGAUAAACGACAUGAAUGAAAUGGGAGCAUCCGUACACGGCAGCGUUCAAAACAGUAUAAACCUGGAGCCGGCCCCAGAGCAAGACUUGGUCAGAAUGGACGAAGCUGCUAAGCAGAAGCUACAGCGAAUGGGCAUCCUGAGUGGAAUCGCCAUCGCAUUGCAUAACAUCCCGUCGGGUAUCGCCACGUUCACUGCCGGAAUUGAAGACCCGGCCAUCGGUAUCUCCAUGGCGAUUGGAGUGGGGCUCCACAAUAUCGCAGAGGGCGUCGCUGUGGCAGCACCAGUGUACUUCGCCACGGGAAGUAAGCGGAAGGGCAUCAUGUGGUGUGUUGUAGCUGCCGUCGCUGAGCAUGUCGGGGGCUUCAUAGCCCUCGCCAUUACCGGCAAAGAGAACAACGACUUCGCCGAAGGCACGCUGUACGGCAUUGUCGCCGGCAUGAUGUCUACCAUCACCAUGAAGGAAAUCUUCCCUACAGCUUACACUUACGCAAAUGGCCGCAUCCAUCUAGUUUCCAAUGGUUGUCUUGUAGGCAUGCUCCUUAUGGCUUUGAGCCUCUACUUCUUCAAAUACGUGGGUAUAGGAAGAUAA